CGCAACGUUCUUCUCCCGCGUUUGACUUGUUUCGCGUCCCUUUUAGAAUACAUAUCUUCCAAAAUGAGGCCUUCCAUGCUGCAAUAUGGGCGCAAGUUACAUUACGCAUAUGCAUCCCUCUUCAACACAACUUUGAAAGACCAGCGAACAGCAGCUUUGAUUGAAAACCCCGCAAUUGUCUGGCAGAAAUAUUGUCAGCAGCGAUGGUUGAGCGGCGAAUAUCAAAGAGGACAAGCGUCUUUGGCUCAAUUAGCAAAGCAAGCUCACGAUCGUCCUUCCGAUCCAAGACGUCAAGCUGAAUUAUACAAGGGAUUACGUGCGGCUCGUAAAUUGCAAGAGGUGAUCACUCGCUUUGAAAGUGGAAAAUUUGCGCAAGACGAAGAGUGUUACAAGCAAUAUAUCGCUGCCCUUGUUGAAACAGGACAGCAGCAGAAAGUGCUCCCAGAUAUCGUACGAAAAUUGCAGUCAGCCGAAACGGGAACAUCCAUCAUACGGCCAUCCAGUGCUUUAUCGGGUCGUACAGCUAAUGAACAUUUUGAUGACGAUGGCCGCAUCGGACUUUCUGGCAACAAGGUUGAACCGGUCCAUGUUAUUGUAGAAGAAGCACGCGGGUUUUUGUUAUGGCGGGCUUUACGUUGGAUCGCAGUGACGUUCACCUAUGCGUUUUUGAUGCUUACAAUUGCGUCUCUUGCGCUGGAGAAUUCGGGACUGCUAAAGACUUCAGCUUCCUCCCAGAUGGAGUACGAACCCUCCACGCAACAAGCUAUAAAAUUUGAUGAUGUCCAAGGAUGCGAUGAAGCCAAACAAGAACUGGAAGAACUCGUGCAGUUUCUGAAAAACCCGCAUCGUUUCACUGAACUCGGAGGCAAACUUCCCAAAGGUGUCCUACUUACCGGACCGCCAGGAACAGGAAAGACGUUGCUGGCUAGAGCAGUCGCGGGUGAAGCAGGUGUGCCCUUCUUUUUCAUGAGUGGUAGCGAAUUCGACGAGAUGUAUGUCGGCGUUGGAGCGCGGCGUAUACGAGAAUUGUUUGCGGCGGCACGAUUGAAAGCGCCAAGCAUUGUCUUUAUAGACGAGUUGGAUGCAAUUGGUUCCAAGCGUAAUCCCAAAGAUUCCACGUAUGUCAAGCAAACACUGAACCAGCUUCUUGUGGAUUUGGAUGGAUUUUCCCAAACAGAAGGAGUCGUUUUUAUUGCGGCGACCAAUUUUCCAGAGUUAUUAGACAAAGCGCUUGUUCGGCCUGGACGAUUCGAUCGAAUGGUCAAUGUUCCAUUGCCGGACGUACGAGGACGAAUGGCGAUACUGAAACAUCAUAUGAAAUCGGUGCAGAUUGCAUCUGACGUGGAUAUCUCUGUGAUUGCAAGGGGUACGCCUGGAUUUAGCGGUGCGGAACUCGCCAAUCUUGUGAAUUUAGCGGCUAUUCAAGCCAGCCGUGAAGGCAAAAAGCAGGUAGACAAUGUUCAUCUGGAAUUUGCCAAGGAUCGGAUUAUCAUGGGAGCAGAAAGAAGAACAGCGAUCAUCACCGACGAGAGUAAACGUUUAACAGCCUAUCAUGAAGGAGGGCAUGCCCUCGUGGCCUAUUACACUCCUGGUGCCAUGCCCCUUCACAAGGCUACGAUUAUGCCGCGCGGUCGAGCAAUGGGCAUGACCGUGCAGUUGCCCGAAAUGGACAAGGAUUCAUAUACCCGAAAGGAAUUUUUGGCCCAGCUGGAUAUAUGUCUUGGUGGACGAAUCGCAGAAGGACUAAUUUUUGGAGAUGACAAUGUCACCAGCGGCGCUCACAGUGAUAUCGUUAAAGCUACGGAGAUUGCCAAACGAAUGGUUCGCCACUACGGUAUGAGCGAGCGAAUUGGACCGAUCGAUUAUGAAGAUGAAGACAUGCAACUAUUGAGUGCCGAAACUAAGCAGCUGAUUGAAAACGAAAUAAAAGCGUUGAUUGUGAAUGCUGAGGAUCGUUCGCGUUACAUACUUGAACAGCACAUGGAUGAGUUACAUCGUCUAGCCGCGGCAUUGAUUGAAUAUGAAACCCUAUCGCAGAAAGAAAUAGUAGAUGUCAUUGAAGACAAACGCAUCCGCGAGUGAUCUGUGAUCUUUUUUUUUCUCUUGCAACUUUUUAUUUGUUGAGGAUCUCGACCAUCUAGAACUUGAUUUAACUAUAUAUUUAAAUACGGCUUGUGCUAUUACAAUAUGGGAUCAUUUCUUGAACGCAUUUAUGACCAAGUAGUUUAUUUCUAUGCGUCUGUCGGCAUUCAUUAUCUUUUCGUACUUUUUUGGUUUCUUUCUGUUUGAUUUUUUGCUCUUUAAGCUCACGCCUCCUGCUCCCUAUCUCGUCUUUAUUUAUUUUGCGGAAACUCGCAAAGUUUACUGCGAUUUUUGUUAGAAGUACA